AUGGCCGACGCUUCCACUUCUUUCAAAGUCAUCAUCGCGGGAGGCAGCCUUGUGGGGUUGGCGCUGGCAUUGUGCUUCGAACGGGCAGGGAUCGAAUACGAGCUAUUCGAAAAGGGCGAGCUUGCCCCGCAGCUGGGAGCUUCGAUAGGCUGGCAUCCGCACGGGGUCCGGAUUCUCGAGCAGCUGGGACUGCGAGACGACAUUGAGAAAAUCGCGGUGCCUCUCGUCGACAGGCUGAUAUUCGACGAGAAUGGCAGGUGCAUAGAGAAGUCAAAGGCGCUGUGGACAAUUUCACAGAGCAUGGGACAUCCGAUGUUGUUCAUCGAGAGGUGUGAGAUGCUGAGCAUCCUUUCUUCGCACAUCAAAAAGAAGGAUCGAAUCCACACGCAUUGCAGUAUUCAGUCGUAUCAGGAGACGGAGAAGGGGGUGUCUGUUACCACCAAUGACGGACAGGUUGUGCACGGGAGCAUCCUUGUGGGUGCGGACGGGAUUCACAGCCACGUGAGAGGGUUGAUGGCGGACGUGAUUUCCAAGACGGAUCCAGUGCUCGCGAAGGAGCUGAGAACAGGCUUCGUUGCGCAGUACAAAUGUGUCUUUGGCGUAUCCCGCAACGGGUCCAAUACGCCUAUCAUGCCAGACGCGACGACGAACACCGUCUACUAUGAUUACUACUCUAUAUUGACGGCAACAGGCGUUCCGGGUCUUAUUUUCUGGUUUCUGUUCAUCAAGCUACCUGCCCCAGUACGGGCCCCGGAUUGCCCCCGAUACAGCCAAGGCGAUAUGGAAACGACGAUAGAGGAAUUCGGCGACAAAACCAUAGGGCCGACGUACACGGUCAGGGACCUCUGGGAUUUGCGGGUCAAAGCGUCUAUGGCUCCGCUGGAGGAGGGCAUGCUCAAGAAGUGGAGCCACGGCCGUGUUGUUCUGGUCGGCGACUCGAUCAACAAGGUCACCAUCAAUGCCGGACUCGGUGGGAACACGGCAUACGAAGGAAUCGUGUGCUUUACCAACGGACUCGUCGAGCUCCUGGCGCGGUCGCCGACACCCUCACUGAGCGAGCUCACCGCAGUCUUCCAGGAGUUUGAAGAAACGCACCGUCAGCGGGCCGAUACGGUAACCUGGCUGUCAGGUCUGAUCACGAGAUACGAGUCUCAAGACACGUGGUACCUGAAGCUUGUGUCGCGGUGGUUGAGUCCAUGGCUGAGUGACGCGCUCAAGACCGAUGCCUAUGUCUCAUUUUUCGGGAAAGCACCGCAUUUCAAUUGGCUUCCCAAGCCGAAGCCAGGAGUAGUAGUGGACGCCAGAUUGUAA